UCUUGUCUCUUGUGAGGAACAAAGAAAACAGCUGAAACAUAUAACACCAUCUCUCUCUCUCUCUCCCCAGAAAAAAAAAACUUUUUUCCCUUUCCUUUCUCGAAUCUCCGAAAUCUCUCUCUCUCCCUCCCCAUGGUUGAUCUUCUUCGCCAUAUAAACUUUUCAGUUUGAAAAAAAAUCUCGAGGAAAAAGGGAAAAUUUUCGUCCCUUCUUGUCUCUGUUUCAUCAACGUGAUCUUGCUUCGUUUGUUGUUCGUCUGCUCCUGGUUCUGCGAAUCUGAGCUUCAUUCGGUGAUGAUUUGAGCUUCGGAGGUGUUGAUUAUCGGAUCAGAUCCUCUGUGAUCGGUUUUGUUUAUCUGCUUAUUCCUUUUUUUUUGUUGGGGUUUUCCGUAUUUCCUUGAUCGGAGAAUCUUUCUUUGUUUCCUCGGUUCUGGGGACUUGUUUUGGAGAUUGCUCGAUUGUUCUGCAAAGCGAGGUGCGAAUCUUGGGAGAGAGAUUCGUGUUGUUCCUGGAAACUACCAAGCCACAGCACUGAUUUGUAUGGAUUUUUGCUGUCGCUGUUGCUUGUGGAGAUCUGGUUCGGUUUCGGGAGUGUUUUGAUUUGGUAGCGUGUGAAUCCGGAAUUUCUAGCCGGCGAGCUUUGCAUCCCGGAAAUUGGGAACCGUUGAAUGCUCCGGCUAGAAUUUCCCUGAGCCAGCGGCUCGGGGAGAUCUGGAAGUCGAAGAUCAGUGACGAAACAUUUGCGUAUUAGCAAUGGCUUCAGCUCCACCGGCGGAGAAUGAAGGCUCGGGUUCCUCUGGAUCCCCGUCCCUCCAUGCCUCUAUGCAGGAAUUCAAGCUCUUCGAGACUCAAUCGAACUUCUACAUGAUUGGUUGGGAUGGCAGUGGAGUUUAUAGGGUACUAAAGAUAGACCGGCUGGAUCCUUCCGAGCUUAACAUCAGCGAGGAUGCCACUUCUUACACAAAGAGAGAGUGCUACGAGUUGCUAAAACGGAUACAUGAAGGGAACAAGGCCACAGGCGGACUUAGAUUUGUUACUGUUUGUUUUGGCAUUAUCGGGUUCAUCAAGUUUUUAGGUCCCUAUUACAUGCUGCUUAUCACCGAAAGAAGAAAGAUGGGUGCAAUUUGUGGUCAUAACGUCUAUGCAGUCUCCAAAACUGAGAUAGUCACAUUGCAAAAUUCCAGUGUACCAUGCAGCUUGGCAAAUUCAAGAGAUGAGAACAGAUACAAGAAACUUCUGUGUGUGGUGGACCUUACAAAAGACUUCUUUUUCAGUUAUUCUUACAAUAUAAUGCGCAGUCUCCAGAAAAAUAUAUGUGAAUGUGAGACUGGACAUGUUCUCUAUGAGAAGAUGUUUGUGUGGAAUGAGUUCCUGACUAGGGGAAUCCGUAAUCAUCUUCAAAAUACCCUAUGGACUGUAGCAUUGGUGUAUGGCUUCUUUAAGCAGGUCACUCUUUGCGAGUCUGAACGAAAUUUCAAACUUACUAUUAUUGCUAGGCGUUCCCGUCAUAAUGCUGGGACCAGGUACUUGAAACGAGGUGUGAAUGAAAAUGGCAGCGUUGCUAAUGAUGUCGAGACAGAGCAGAUAGUGUCUGAGGAUGUUACCGAAGGCAAUCCCAUGCAAGUUAGCUCUGUUGUACAGAAUCGUGGCUCAAUUCCUCUGUUUUGGUCACAGGAGACCUCUCGGUUGAACCUUAAGCCAGAUAUAGUUUUAUCGAAAAAGGACCCAUAUUAUGAUGCAACUAGAGUUCACUUUCAAAACCUUGUAGAGCGAUAUGGAAACCCCAUCAUCAUUCUGAACUUGAUCAAGACAAAAGAGAAGAAACCAAGGGAGUCAAUUCUCCGGGCGGAGUUUGCGAAUGCUAUUGACUUUAUAAAUAAAGAUUUAUCUGAAGAAAACCGUCUAAGAUUCCUGCACUGGGAUCUGCACAAACAUUUUCAGAGCAAAACGGCUAAUGUCUUGGCACUUCUUGGCAAAGUAGCUGCAUAUGCAUUGAUGUUAACGGGGUUAUUUUACUACCAAGUUACACCAGCGAUGAUGCUUGAGGGUUAUAUGUGCUUGCCGUUAUCUGAUGCCAACACUGAGGAGACAGAUAAUUCUGAUGAUGAUAAUGGUGGUUGUGACAUUCCAGAGACUAAUACUACUGGAAGUAAGACUAUUGCCAAUGGCAAUUGUGAUACCAAGCCACCCAGGUUUCAGAAGGGUGUGCUAAGGACCAAUUGCAUAGAUUGCCUCGAUCGUACAAAUGUUGCACAGUAUGCAUAUGGUUGGGCUGCUCUUGGAUAUCAGCUUCAUGCUUUAGGGAUCAGAGAUGCCCCGGCAAUAGAACUUGAUGAUCCGUUGGCUGUUGUUUUGAUGGGGUUUUAUGAAAGAAUGGGAGACACACUAGCCCAGCAGUAUGGGGGAUCUGCGGCACACAACAAGGUUUUCUCUGAGAGGAGAGGCCAGUGGAGAGCAGCAACUCAGUCACAGGAGUUCUUCAGGACUCUACAGCGGUAUUAUAAUAAUGCAUACAUGGACAUAGACAAACAAGAUGCCAUUAAUUUAUUUCUGGGAAAUUUCCUGCCUGAGCAAGGCAAACCAGCAAUCUGGGAGUUGCAUGCAGAUUCUCGCCCUAAUGGGCGAAAUGGAGAGAUGAGUGAAGGUGAAGAUGAGAGGUUUCUUGUGAAGAGAUGCUUAUCAGAUGGUAAUAUCCACAAUGAAAGUUGGACGCCUAUGUCAGCCAUGAGUAGUAAGCAUGAAAGCAUUUCGCAUAAAGUUUUUUCUGAGACAUCACGUGGAGUAUCCCAUAUUCUUUCGGAGUCAUCACCUGAUAUACCAGCUUCUGGAGAUGUAGCAUUAUCAAGGUGUACACCUUCAAUGCCUAGUAGGCAGCUCUUCGGAGAAGUGCAAAAGGUUCAACAUGUUGGUUGUGAUCGCAGUUACUUAUCGGAUCAGGAGGACAUGUGUAGUGUCUCGAACUUUGUUGAUAUCGAAUGGCUUUCAUCCUCUGAAAAUCUGUGUGAGAACGAACUGUUUGACAGCAGGCCUCUGGGACUUGCAGGAUAUUCAACUGCUGAGAUGUCUUCGUCGUCAGAGAACAUCCUCAAUGGAGGGGUCGGACAAUCAACGCCACCUACUUGUGAAUGCGGACCAAGCAGCAGGAAGGGCAAGGAACCUGUCGGAACCGACCUGUCUGUCCACGCGAAGAUUCGCGAGGAUUUCCCGGAUAGCUUUAAGCAAUGGGUAGCAUAUGGUGAAGCACUCUGCCACUGAAGCACACACGCUCUUAUCUUCCUCCUUCUCCCACGAAACACACGUACUUCCUCGCCAUCUUCACUACUUAGAAGCAAAUGCUGAAGUCGACGAAACAUCACGUUACAAAACAUAGAAAGAAGUUUACCAGGUAAGAGAUUCGUGUACCUCGUUAAGCUGUAACGGUAAUGACCCGCGUCUUUUUACGUGUCGAAACAUCAUUAGGAAACAGAGAUUGCAGAGGUAUAAGAGUAGUUGUGAAUAUAGCCUAAGAGAGGUUGAGGUGGAGAAAAGGCAAAAAAAAACAAAAAUCAAUUUCUGGAGAGAGAUAGAGAGAGGGGUCUUCUAAAUUGUUGUAUUAGAAAGAGGGUGUAAAUAUGUUCGUGCUGUUUCCUUCCCCCACUUUGUAGGGUUUAGUAUGAUCCAUCAAAUUCUUUGUGUUUCUUUCUUACUAGAAAAAUAUAUGCGUCUGUCUGUAACUUUAGACCCUUUUGAUUCCUGUGAGAUUGACAUGGGAAUUAUACAAACAGUUGCAUUCGUUUUCA